UGUUACCAUGGCAAAAAGUGCAGACGUCACGAUCGAAAGAACACUGUAUAUAAGUAUUGGACGUUUUAAUGAGACGGGGAGCUUGGAUGCGUGUCCGGGAGGAGUGACACGUGUGGAUAAGGGCACAUCCUGGGGCAAUACAUUUUUCAAAUCGUUUUAAGUAAAUUGGGAUUUGAUUGUUCAAUACGUUUUUUUCCUCCACAAAACUGCAAACAUGGGACGUGGAGUAAGUGCGCUUUUUCUUUCCAUCUUCACAUUCCAGCUCCUCCAUGAAAUUCUACUGUAGCCUAAUUUACGCUAUUCUUAAUUGUAGGCUACUAAAGUGGUAUGGAGUUUUUAUUAUUAUAAUACAGGGGGUUGUUGAAAACAAAACGAAGUUGUUUUCAAAUUAUCACAUGUACGUAGAUGGCCGCAUUUUUUCAAAAUGCCUGCGAUGGGAAAGUGACUUCCGCAUUUUGUAGGCUGAACAAAAGUUGCUUUCAUACAGUGUCUUGAUCGAGUGUCAAUUAGGGUUAAAAACGUGUUCUUUUUACAUUGAUACUGAAGAUCCACAGGUUGGUUAGGUUGGAUCUAGUCGCCAUUGAGAAAAGCUUGUAAACUCUGCGAUGAUAGAAUUGGCGGUUUAAGAGAAGUUUGAAGAUUGAUACAAUGUUUCUUUUCAUCGAAGUAAACAGCCACAAAGGUGGCUACAAAUGUAGCGUGGCCUGUUUAAAUUCGAGUUGCGGGAAGUGGGGUCAGACAUGCUAUCUUGUGACUUGUUACUUUGAGAUACACGGUCAUCCAGAGCCUGUAGCACACUUCUAAAUAGAAGUGGUCUUUGUUUCAAUGAGUCUUUCAUAGUGACUUGUAACCCGCUUGACUGAAUUGUAUGUUAAUCAAUGAGAAAUAUGUAAUAUUCAGAUUCCUAAUCAAUUGGUUAAAUGUAGUUGCGACUGUAGGUUAUUGCGAAAGUCUCUGUUUUGAAUAAUAACCGUAGUCCAGCCUACUGUCACAAUAUCAUUCAUGCGCCAAAGUUCUUUUUCAUGGUCGUUGAACGAAUGUAGUUGUUUAUUUUUAUGUAGCUAGCCUACGUUGGAAUAAGUCACCGUGGCUGCUUAAAGGGAUAGUUCUGGAUUUUUAGCACGAAGUCCUCAUCUACUUUCCCAGAGUCGGAUGAACUCGUGGAUACCAUUUUUAUGUCUGCGUUCAGUUUGAAGGAAAUUGCUAGCGUUAGCGCAAUGACUUGAAGUCUAUGGGAACACGCGAACACUAGUUAGCAUUGGCUCACGAAACUACCUCUAACUUUCGUAAUACUGGACGCAGAGACCUAACAAUGGUAUCCACGACGUCAUCUGACUCUGGGGGGGGGGAAAUAGCGAACUGUCCCUUCAUAACAUUUGAGCUCCUACAAAAUCUCUUAAAAAAUAAAAAUAAAGUAUUCCUCCUGAAGGCUACAUGGUCGCAUAAGGAUUUGGCAUAUGGUUGUGUAUGACAUUUCUUGUGUAGCCUAGCCUACAGUCUGUGAAUGUUAACUUUUCAGAAAGAUAGGCCUACAAAGUGUAUUUGGGAAUACCUACAUCAACUACAGCCCCCUUAUUUAUUAAUGAAAGCGAUUGCUUUAAAAAAAAUGUUUGUAUUAAAUUUGAUACAAAUCGGUCCAAGACAAAUCAAAUCACCCAGUUGCUCCAAUGAUGUUCAAUACACUAUAUAUUUUUUUGUAUAUUCCUCUCUCUUGAAGGCAAUAUAGUUUUUGUCAUCACACCUGUCAAAAUAACUACCUGCAAUUUAUGGUGAUGGAAAAUGUAUCAAUUAUUGGAGUGAUUUUUAUUUUUUAUAAAUGUUUUUUUUAUUAUUUAGUAGUUUUUUACAGCUACCUGUGACUCCUAUAUUUGGGUACUGUAUUGACUACUGUAUGGCAGACUGGUGGGAUAUCGGGGAGGGUAAUCGCAUCAUAUAAAAGGCUCGCCACUCCCUGCUGGGCAACUGAUUAUACAGGCACAGUGUUCAAUUAUGCAUUCACAGCUACAGUAAGAGAGGGGUGGCUAGAGAGACAGAUUUGUUUUAUGAUGUGAAUGCAGAGCAGCAAACCUCCAAGUGUUGUUUUUGAUUCUUUCCCUGUAUGGUGGUGAACACUCUGAGCCCACCCCUUCUCUCCGGUCCAGUACACGCGCAAUAGGCACAGAUGCUUGAACAGCCGGACUAAUGAUUUCCAGGAGUCCACAGAGAGGCAUGAGAGAGGGGGGAGUGAGGGGUACAGGGAGAGAAUGAGGGUGGUAUAGGGAUGGAGGGAGCAAGGGGUGGUAAGAGAGUGGUGAGGUAUUUGGAAGGAAGGGAGACUGCUGUGAAGAUGGGAGGCACCAGUUGCUGCAUUGUCAUCAUUCAUAGGUUCCAGUUCAGAGGGGAGCUGGCUGAAUUUUUCUGAACUGAUUGAGUGGAGUAAAAAUGCAGCUUUAUUCUCACUUUUCUGUAAUGAAAUGGAAAAGCAAGAGGCAUGAUGGGAUACAACUGCUUACUGUCAACAAAUUGGAACGCACAAAAGUUCCUUCCCAAAAUUGAAUACUAUGGCUAUUGUUUCCAUCUCUCAAAAUAAACUGUGAUGAUCUGAAAACAAGGCCGUUUUCCUGUAACGUUAUUAGGGGGCAUUCUUUCUUUGUUUUUCCACUUAUUUUCUCGAACAUUUUUCAUCAAGGGGGGGGGGGGGGGGGUCAUUGUUUUAAAAAUUCCACCACUGAGUGCGAUGGAAAGUGGCUUGUGGAAAAUCUCCACUGUAAACAAAUGAGGUCUAGAAUAUGUCCAAAACAAGGCCUUUUUAUUUGGCGGUGUAAUUGGGGACUUCUUUAUUUCUCUCCGGUGUUCCACCUCUGAGCUGCUAUCAGGUUGUGGCCUCAGCUGAUCAUUCAUUCCCCCCAGGGGUCCACUGUGGAACCAAGAGACCUGCGAUCUCUCGCUCCCUAGCGCUCUUCUUAUUUUUGGUUGCUCAUCCUCUCUCUCCUCUAUUUUGCGCUCUCUCUUUCUCUCUCCCCUGAGGAUUUAACAUUCUUUCCGCUCAACGGUCACUAUGUAUUAGGCAUCCCUUUUGUCACACGCCACCCCAUCUCUGUGACAGUCUCUCUCUCUCUGCGUGCGCGCGCUCCGGUUUAGCUUAGCUGCCUAAACAAUAUGGAGAGUAUUACACGUUCAGUUUCCUCCACGGUAAUUUCUAUUGUUCCAACUGCCGAGGAAUUUAAAAAAAAUACUUUUGUUAAAAACAUUUUUCACAUAGGCCUACUCACAAUCGGCAUUUCGCAAUAGCCACGUGCGUUCUGUUCUAACCUACAUUUCACAACGCAAUCGAGGAAGUUGCAUCCCAUUGAUUUGUAUUAUGCUUUUAACUGUGGUUCCUGGGGUCUUAAGGAGAAACACUGGCAUUCACCAUCUUUUGUUCUGUUUGGGAACAGUGACUCUUCCAGAGGACGUGGUGGGAGUUUUAAACAUGUUUCUUGUGAAUAAAUGUACUUUUUCUAAACUGAAGAGGGAGAGAAAAGGGGGAGGAGAGUAACACGUGACUCUGUCCAUUCAGAUAUCUGAGAGGUGUGGUUAUGUCGCCUGUAGCAACGGGGCAAAGUCCCAGGGUGAGGAGGAGCCAAUAUGCUUGAGUGAGCAGCUUUUGUAUUUGGCACACGUACAGGAACAGAACCAGGAAUGGUGUUCACAGGAAUUCGACCCUGGCUGUAAAAUAUGCACCCGUUCGACCGUCUCUUAUGAACUUUUGUUGAGCUGGCGGUGGUGUUGUUUUAGCGUAAAAGUGAGAGGCCCCUCGUCUCACUGAGGCUCUGUUCUAUAAUAAUAAUAUGUCUAUCGCCGUUGUUUUUAUGAGGACGGUUGUCGUUCUUUCAAACUGGUUCGUUCUGUCCUCUUUGAAAGGGAAGUCUUGCCGGCUUCACCCCCUUCUCCACCCACCCUACGUACUUUCUCUCUCUUUCACACACCGUUCUUUUUUUUUUCUCUCCCUGACUUAUUACUCACUCACUCCCAUAUGCAACGUUAAUGAGAACAACGACUACGCAGUUGAAUAUACUACCCUAAACUAUGGGGAAAAUGGCAUGCAGACCCAAGGCCUGUUUACCACAGUGGUGUUGCUCCCACUCCCAGAUCAAAUCAUUACAGUAAUCCCACGUAAGAAUGCGGUAAGACUGGUAUCUUAAGUGUUUUGCUAACAGGGUCUGAAUAAAUUCUGUGACUGUACAGUUUGUGUCCAGAAUAAAGUCACUCUAAAGAUAUUUCUCUGCCCCGUUUUUCAUCCUAAACAGAGGUACAAAGCCUCAUUGUUCUCAGGCUUGUAGCGGGACAACUGUUGUGUUUGCGUGAUCGGUAUUGUGAGAGAUUCAACACCAUUGCUGAAAUCCACGCUUCUUUCCUGUUUUCAGUGCAGUAGCCUCCUGUUAAGUUUGAAAGACAGCUGAGUAAUACUUUCAAAGCAGCAGCCUCGCUUCAUUGUGGUAAUAACUGAUCUGUACAAUAUUGGGAAAGUAAAAGGGAUAUUUCUAAAUAGUAUUAGUAGGAAGGGGGGGGGGGGUGCUUUUCCAAGAAGGGCAAGUCAAUGUGCCUGUCAACUAAUAGAAAGACCACAGGGGACUGCGACAACAGAUUCCUUGAGGGGGCCCGGAAGACGCCAGCAGGACUUGUCGUUCCACCUCUACCCUUUAGUGUUCCAACAGCAAAAAAAAACUAGUAGGACCCCUUAUGUUGGAUUCAGUUGUAACCAAACAAAGUUUGAUAAUCAGUCAUGCCCCUGUGACUUGGGGAUCACAUUCUGAACCAGGAACUGUCUUCCUUACAGUCAAGCAGCUUUUGUGUAACCCCAUAGGGUCAAAUCAAGAAAAGCAUGUAGAGCUCUUUCCUCCACAGCCAAAACACUUCUGAACACCAGUAUAACCUGAAUAAUUUAUGAUCGCUAACUGCCUGACCGAUGUUUAUCUGGUACUGUGCAUUAUCCUGUUGCCGCACCUGGCUGGUACAGUGUCACAACGCCCUCCCCUUUUCAGUUGUCUAGCCGACGAGCAUUCUUCAACAGGUCUUUGUCCUCUUCCGCAAAAGUGACAGGUUGAUAAUGGAGAAAGGGAAGAGUGAAUGAACAAUGUGUUGUUUGCAGAAGGUGAGGCGCCAGGGUUAUUUUGGACUUUCACAAUGAGAUGACUCCAGAAGAAAGUUCUGUGUGUACUCAAGACAACAGAGCCAAUGGUGUGCAUCUUUUCCCCUAUGGAGAGUUCAUUUUACCCCUAUUCUGGACAAGGUAUUGUGACAUAGAGCCUAAUAGUCUGACAUUCCCGGAUUACAGUGGAAUAUGUUGAAAUUACCCUCAGCCCCACCCCUCCCACAGGUCUUCUUAUUGAUGCAGUUGAGCAAAGUGACAUUCUGUGACCAUGAUUGUUCAUUAAGCAUUCCUCAUGAUCUUCAGACAGAUGCCAUUUUAAAACGUCUGACUUUCUUCUGCUGAGUAGUGAAAGUAAUUGGGCUAUCUAUCACAGGUCAUAGACGCUAAAAGGUGAAAGCCUACCAGGUGAUAGUUGUGGCCAUUGUCCCUUUGGACUAUCUUUGCACCUGUUGCACCAUACCUGUCUAGGUCACGUUUGUUUUGUAAAUGUUAACUGGGGUUACGUUCAGUAGAACAAUGCUACGUCAAUAUCCCACAAGUCGUUGGGUGACUUCUGGUAAGUCAUUUGUAAACAAAGUAGCAUUUUAUCCUUUAUUCAAAUGUGUGAGUCUCUCAUAUUGACUCAAUGAGUUAUCUUUCAAGAGUGGGCCCCCAGACUUGGGUUUUAUGCAUGCCUCUGAAGCACUAUGGAAAACUAUACAUUACUAUGAAAACUGAUUCUGCAUCAGUGGCUUUAGCAUGAGUUGAUUUUAUUUUCUCAUGCAGAGCUCUAAAUGGCCUCUUUCUACCUUUUUGUUUGUAUUAUAUACAUAUUUUUUGAUGUUCUCUCCUAACAAUCUCUUCUCGCCCUCUCUCUGUAGGAAGGACGGGAACAGUAUGAGCUGGCGGCGACCUCUGAGCAGGGAGGCAAGAAGAAGAAUGCCAAGGCCAUGAAGAAGGAGAGGGACAUGGAUGAGUUGAAAAAGGAAGUUGAUCUGGUGAGUCGGCUUCUCUCACUUUCAUCAUGUCUUUCAGGAACUGAGUCUUGGUAACUCAUGUGUUGGUGUCAAGAUUGGAGACGCACGUAAUGUACUGUAUGUUUAUCUUGAUAGCAAUCUUGAGUAAACAUGAAAACCUUGGCGUUAAGUGUCCGAACGCAUUCAGAGUGCAGAGGUUCAGUGCAAUACGAUUGUCAGUGACAUGUUCCUAAUCUCCGUCCAAUAGGAUGACCAUAAACUGACCCUGGAUGAGCUCAACCGCAAAUACGGCACCGACCUUAGUAGGGUAAGUCUGGCGCUUCACUCAUUACUCAUUUUCAUUUCAGUUGACGAUUCAUUCAUCUCCCCUGCACUGUUUUCUGUUAACAAAUGAGUUGCUUAUCGACCAAUUCAGCUCGGUUCUCCUCAAUUCGUAUAGUUUCAAUUAUUAAUUGAAAAGUUCUGCUCAAGUUAUGGGUUUCGGACUCUUGGGAUCUCUUCCAAUUGUUAACCCCCUUCUUCCACGGUUUAUCAUAGAAUUGGACGUGAAAAACAUCCAAGGCGAUCAGAGGGGAGGCAAUACUAUCCCCCUUUUACAUCCAUGCAAAUGAACUCUUGAAUAGUAGCUUACCGCCUCCAAACUUGGUAGCACAGCUUAGCAGCCGAGCGGUCCUUUUGAAUAAUUCACAAGCAGCAGGCUCGUAACACCUCAGCCCAGAUUUAGGAUGCGCUCAAACCCAGCAGAGGAGAUGGCCCUGUUUUCAUUGUUUGCAGCGAGUUGCCUGGCAACUGCCAGCACCUCGACUCUCUCCAGAGCCCCAUUGACUUGUUUCUCUGUUCUCUGCCUUAUGUGAAAUUAGAGUUAUGACUUGGCCCUGUAGUGUCUGUCUACCACUGAGAGAUAUUAUUGUUGACAAUUUGAUUCCUCUCCUUUAUCAUGUGGCACAAAAGAGAAUCUCAAGAAGGGGGGGCUAGAUAUGCCUGACUAUAGCAAGGGUCAAUAAUGGUAUCACCUUAAAAGAUUGGGUGGGAGGGGAGCACCCAUUCCUUUAAAAUAAAGUCAUCCUACAGCAUCCUAAUUUGAGGCCUCAACAUGUAACGUAACACAAACAAUGUUGUUUUUCCUCAGGGGUUAUCCAGUGCUAAGGCUGCCGAGAACCUUGCCCGUGAUGGCCCCAAUUCCCUGACCCCUCCUCCCACUACCCCUGAGUGGGUGAAGUUCUGCAAGCAGAUGUUUGGCGGGUUCUCCAUGCUGCUGUGGACUGGCGCUCUCCUCUGCUUCCUGGCCUACGGAAUCCAGGCAGCCAUGGAGGAUGAGCCGGCCAAUGAUAACGUAAGAAUCUAAGAUGAAGAAUGUUGAUUUUAAUUGACAUUGAUGGAAUUGGAAGCAGAUGAUGCUUGGGUUUUGUAGAACUUUUGUACUGGUGUUUGUGUGGGGAGUUUACUUAAUUUUAACACGUUCUGCAUCUUUGUCCCACACAGUUGUACCUGGGUGUUGUACUCUCUGCUGUCGUUAUUGUCACUGGAUGUUUCUCCUACUACCAAGAGGCCAAGAGCUCAAAGAUCAUGGACUCCUUCAAGAACCUGGUCCCACAGGUACUACCUGUUUUUAGAAACACUUAUGUUUACGUAUUUUUUUCUUAUUGUUAAAUCUAAAGAUGAAUCUUGUUAUCCUCUGCCUUGUAGCAAGCCCUGGUUGUCCGUGACGGUGAGAAGAUGAACAUCAACGCUCAACAAGUGGUGGUUGGAGAUCUGGUGGAGGUGAAAGGUGGAGACAGGAUUCCCGCUGAUUUGCGAAUCAUCUCUGCCAGCGGCUGCAAAGUGGGUACUUUAAAAUCCCCUUGCUUCAAAUACGUCACAUUCCGCCCACGUCUGUGCCAUUCAUUAUUGUAUUAAUCUUAUUCUCUCUCCCCACUCAGGUGGACAACUCCUCCCUCACUGGUGAAUCUGAGCCCCAGACACGUACUCCGGAUUUCUCCAAUGACAACCCCUUGGAGACGAGGAACAUUGCCUUCUUCUCUACCAACUGUGUUGAAGGUACUUUAACAGAGCAGAGUUGCUCAGAUGAGAAACAAACCUAAUAAAAUGUUUUCUUCCCAGGGACUACAGUUGAAAAUUAGCUAUCUAGCUACAUAUGGUGCAAGGGCAUGUUGUACAUGGUCCCUGACAAAUAAAUAAAAGAAAACAAACCAUGACUGGGCCAGCUUUGAUGAAGUCCUGUAGCUGUAUACAGAAUUUCAACUAUUUCUGAGGUUGAAUUACUGUCAGCUGUGCUGUUCAACAGUAGUAAAUAUGAUUGUUAUUUCCUGCAGGAACUGCCAGAGGUAUUGUCAUCAACACUGGUGACCGCACUGUUAUGGGUCGUAUUGCUACCCUCGCCUCUGGCCUGGAAGUCGGACGUACCCCAAUCUCCAUUGAAAUUGAGCACUUCAUCCACAUAAUCACUGGUGUGGCCGUCUUCCUGGGCAUGUCUUUCUUCGUCCUGUCCCUCAUCCUUGGAUACUCUUGGCUGGAGGCUGUCAUCUUCCUCAUCGGAAUCAUUGUCGCUAACGUGCCUGAGGGUCUCCUGGCCACUGUAACUGUGAGUACUGUCUUUCGGGAGUGCUUUUUUCAAACACUUCACAUAUGGCUCCAAAAACCAGUACAUUGCCAAUUUUAUUUGACAGUCAUGUUAAGUGACUUUUGCCUUUCUCUGUAGGUGUGUCUAACUCUGACUGCCAAGCGUAUGGCCAAGAAGAACUGCCUUGUGAAGAAUCUUGAAGCUGUGGAGACCCUGGGCUCCACUUCCACCAUUUGCUCUGACAAGACCGGAACCCUGACCCAGAACAGAAUGACCGUGGCUCACAUGUGGUUCGACAACCAGAUCCAUGAGGCUGACACCACAGAGAACCAGAGCGGUACCUCCUUCGACAGGAGCUCUGCCACCUGGGCUGCCCUGGCUAGAGUCGCUGGCCUGUGUAACCGUGCCGUCUUCCUGGCAGAACAGAGCGGUAUUCCUAUCCUUAAAGUGAGUCUUUUUUUAAUGUUCCAUUUCCCCAGAGUGAAUUGACAACAGUAUACACAUGGAGCUAUCGAAAGGAGUUCAUCAUGUAAAGCUGCUGAAAAGGCACAACAGGGUUGUCUUUCACCUUAUGUAAUUCCUCCCCUGUCCCUUGGGUCCCCCGUGUCGCCUGAGUGCCUCGUAUCGCCUCAGCCCUUGCAAUCCCCUGGAAUAUAACCUCUCAUUUCCACUCUCCGUUAAUCAUCUCGCCUUGGACUAGCUGUGAUUAUCACACUUAAUUCCACCCCUUGCUUUCAGUUUCUCUUUGUCACCGUCUGUCUUCUUCUACCAGGCUCAAUCUACAAAGAUGUCCUUCUUAUAAAAUCUGUUUAAAUUGAUGGAGAGCGUUUUAAUGUCUUGGGGCAUGGAAGGAUACUUCGGGUCCUCGGAGGUGCUAGUGUGUGAAAGAGAGUGUGCACCAGCAGCAUACCACGUCCCUUCAUCUUCCUACUUGUUUCCCCCUCGCAGAGAGAUGUGGCUGGUGAUGCCUCAGAGUCUGCCCUGCUGAAGUGUAUCGAGCUGUGCUGUGGGUCUGUGCAAGGCAUGAGAGACCAGUACACCAAGGUCGCUGAGAUCCCAUUCAACUCCACCAACAAAUAUCAGGUAGGUCAAUGGCAGGGUAGCAACCUGCCACACUAAAUAAGGAUAUAUGUUUCACUGUAAGUCUUUCACCCUUCCUUUUGGCAAAGAGAUCAAAAUGGUUAUCCCUAUUCUGGUAAUCUGUUUUUAAAAUGGCUGCCCCUAUAAUUGUAUCCCUUAGCUCUCCGUUCACCUAAACAAGAAUGAGGGUGAGUCCAAGCACCUGCUGGUGAUGAAGGGAGCCCCUGAGAGGAUCCUGGACCGCUGCUCCACCAUUUUGAUCCAGGGCAAAGAACAGCCUCUGGAUGAUGAGUUGAAAGACUCUUUCCAGAACGCCUACAUGGAACUGGGUGGUCUGGGAGAGCGAGUGCUGGGUAAUAGUCAUUGAUUUCAGUCAUCACUAGUCAAUACUACUGUAUUUUUUGUUAUUCCAUCUGUGUUGUGAAAUGAUCCAAUGUGAGCUGUACAAUUGUGCUUUUGCUCCUUUUUUCAAUUCACAUUUUUACCAUUUUGUAUCCUUCUAGGUUUCUGUCAUUUCCAGCUCCCUGAUGACCAGUUUGCUGAGGGCUUCCAGUUUGACUGUGAAGAGGUGAACUUCCCAACUGAGAAUCUGUGCUUCGUUGGCCUAAUGUCCAUGAUUGACCCUCCCCGUGCUGCUGUGCCUGACGCUGUGGGCAAGUGCAGGAGUGCUGGAAUCAAGGUAUGGUAAUGUAAUACGUGACACAAGACUCUUCAGUCAAUACACAUAGCAGCCACUGUGAUCAGACCACUCCUCUUCCCUUCCUUCCCUUAGGUUAUCAUGGUCACUGGUGAUCAUCCCAUCACUGCUAAGGCCAUUGCCAAGGGUGUGGGCAUCAUCUCUGAAGGAAACGAGACUGUUGAGGACAUCGCUGCUCGUCUGAACAUUCCAGUCAACGAAGUUGACCCCAGGUAAUACAAAAAAAGUAUUUAAGUUCUGUUGUUGGAAAGUUUCGCAACAUUUUUCCGUUUUGAAGGCCUUCUCAUGAGCUCUUAUAGACAUUAUAGAAAUGUCUUUAUUUCAAUGGGAUUUCAAAAAAAUAAAGGGUCAAUUCUUCUCAGGGAUGCCAAGGCCUGUGUGGUCCAUGGCGGUGACCUCAAGGACCUGAGCGCUGAACAGUUGGACGACAUCCUCAAAUAUCACACAGAGAUUGUGUUUGCCAGAACCUCUCCUCAGCAGAAGCUUAUUAUCGUGGAGGGCUGCCAGCGCCAGGUAAUAUUCAGCUCAACUUAAAGACACUAGGCCUAUCUCACAAGAGAAGUAAACAGAGUGAAUGUAGCGUAGAUAAAUUCCUUUAAAAUUACAAAUGUGUUUACCAGUUUUCUCUCUCUAGACUCCUGUCUCUCCUUAGACUCAAACACCUUUCCUCCUUAUCAACAGGGCGCUAUUGUGGCUGUGACAGGUGACGGUGUGAACGAUUCUCCUGCUCUGAAGAAGGCUGACAUCGGUGUUGCUAUGGGUAUCUCUGGAUCGGAUGUCUCCAAGCAGGCUGCCGACAUGAUCCUCCUAGAUGACAACUUUGCCUCCAUCGUGACUGGUGUCGAAGAAGGUAGACGCAGCAUUUCAGUGGAUUUAGAAUUUUUGGGGUUCCGUCUAUUAUGCAUUAUUUUCACUAACGUUAUGUACCUUUCCUAGGUCGUCUGAUCUUUGACAACUUGAAGAAGUCCAUCGCCUACACCCUGACCAGUAACAUUCCAGAAAUCACACCCUUCCUCUUCUUCAUCAUCGCCAACAUUCCACUGCCCCUAGGAACCGUCACCAUCCUCUGUAUCGACUUGGGAACUGACAUGGUGAGGAUUUUGUAAAUUUUUAAGAAUUUUUUUUCUAAUUCUUUGUUUACCGUUCUGCUUUAUUCUAAUUCUUAAAAUCCUCCUCAACUUUCCAGGUCCCCGCUAUCUCUCUGGCCUACGAAGCUGCCGAGAGCGACAUCAUGAAGAGACAGCCCAGAAACUCCAAAACAGACAAACUGGUGAACGAAAGACUUAUCAGCAUAGCCUAUGGUCAAAUCGGUAAGACCCCUUUUCACAAAGCCUGACUUGCGCAAAACAAAGUAUUUUCAUUCUUAGAUGAACAUCUCAUACACCUCAAAGUGGAUUAUAGACUCUUUAAGUUGACUGGGUGUUUUUGGGAUUAGCUGGGAGUGGGGUAUGCGUCAGAAAUCGCCUCCCUGGUGAUAAGAGAAGGGGUCUCUGAGUGAUGAUGGGAUGUCUCUGGCUCAAAGAGUUUCCCACUUUGCUGAUGGAGACAAAAAUAGGUUUAACUCAGAGGUUUCCAUGUGAGCAGGACUUUCCUUAAGAGGAAACACUGAUAUGGACAGCAUUCACAUACUGCUGUUGCAUCAUAUCAUGGGUCGCGAACGUCUCCCACCAAUGUGAUACUCCUUGGUAAUCACUGUAGUGUUGGGCCAGUAACUGAAAGGUCGCUGGUUCGAAUACCUGAGCCGACAGGGUGAAAAACCUCUCGACGUACCCUUGAGCGAGGCAGUUAACCCUAAUUAGCUCUAGGGGCGCCGUACUACUAUGGCUGACCCUGUAAAACAUCACAUUCUACUGCACCUAUCCGGUGUAUCUGACAAUCAAUUAUUUAAUUAUUUAUGGAGAUUGGUGCAACAUGGAAAAACCAACAGACAGAAUGACAUACAAAUGCAAAAUCAGAAUCUGAUACAAAUGCACCCAUCUGAUCCUGUCUCCCCAUCUCUCCACAGGUAUGAUCCAGGCCUUGGCUGGGUUCUUCACAUACUUUGUGAUCCUUGCUGAGAACGGGUUCUUACCCUCCAGACUGCUAGGUAUCCGUGUGGACUGGGACAACAAAUUUUGCAACGACCUGGAGGAUAGCUAUGGCCAGCAGUGGGUGAGUAUGCAGACAACAAUGUGGUUUUCACAAGCCUAGUUGAUUGGUCUGAUUUUCUAGAUGAUUAGCUGACUGUUUUGACUGUUUCUCCCUCUGUUGCUGACUUUCUUUCCCUCAGACUUAUGAACAGAGAAAGAUUGUGGAGUUCACCUGCCACACAGCAUUCUUCGCCAGUAUCGUGGUUGUACAGUGGGCCGACUUGAUCAUCUGUAAGACCAGGAGGAACUCAGUCUUCCAACAGGGAAUGAGGUGAGUUCAGUGGCCAUUUUGAAGAGCAUCGGCUGUUGUUCGUUUUUGUUGUCAAAGAAAGGACGAUUUAAAUGCUGCUUCUGUCCACCUCAGGAACAAGAUUCUCAUCUUUGGCCUGUUUGAGGAGACAGCCCUGGCCGCCUUCCUGUCCUACUGUCCUGGAAUGGGAAUCGCUCUCAGAAUGUACCCACUCAAGUAAGUAAAGACCCUACAGUUGGGUACACUUCAUCUCUUUUUGUUUUUUUUGUACAACCAAAAACAAUUUUUCCAAUAAAGACUAAACCCUAGGAGGACUUCUAUUAAGCUUAUCUAUGUGUUGCUUAAAAUACUAACAUCUGUUCUUGGUGUAUUCCGGUCUGGAGUCAUUUCUGAUCUGUUAUUUUUGUUUUAUGUUGUGUUUUUCUUUUCUCCUUAGACCCAGCUGGUGGUUCUGCGCCUUCCCAUACUCUCUCCUCAUCUUUAUUUAUGAUGAAAUCCGAAAACUGAUCAUCCGACGCAGCCCAGGAGGUGAGGCUAAAUCCCUUUAGUUAUUACUGUGGGACUUCUGGCUGCAUAUUUAGGUAGCCUAUCUGGCAAACAAGCAAAGUCUAAAUCUUUAAGCAGCAGCUUAAUUUUCCGAUGCACUAGUCAGUGCAAGACAGUGGACACGGACAAGUUUGGGAGUCUAAUCCACUCCAGUGACAAUUGCUGACGUAAAAAGGGCUUUAUAAAAUGCAUUUGGUGUGAUUAAACCGGUAUGCUAUCAGAGACGAAGUUGAUGUUAAAGAUGUCGGUCACUUGACUAUCUUCCUCAGUGAUCAUCUGAACCACACACUGAUAGUUAACAUGAUCAUUGUUUAUGUACGAUAUAGCCUUCCUUAGUCCACCUGUUUGCCAGAGGUAAUUGAUCUCUAAAUCCUGUUUUCUAUCUUCUCUGUUUUAGGUUGGGUGGAGAGGGAGACGUACUACUAGAAAGCAUCCAGUUUGCAUCGCUCAAGUUCUUGCAUGGUUGUCUUGCUGCUCGGAAUUUUAAGUUCUGUAAAAUUUGGAUGUGUUUUUAUAUAGGGAAUGCUUGAUACUAAAACCCUGAGAUCGCAAUGAUGAACCAAGACAUUGACAUUGUGUGCCUUGUUUCUGGAACAGGACCAAUUUUAUACAUGUUUUUAACAGUAAUAUAAAUAAACUUUCAGUCAGCUCCCACUUUGGUGUCAAUGGUUUGUGUGUGUGCAUGUGUGCUUGCACGUUUCCUUGUACUUUAUUUUUAUUUUUUUGGCACAGCAGAGCUCAGUAACUUGGAGACUUGCCAGAAUAAGCACAGCAUCAACAGAUCUUCAGGUCAUUAUUUUCCUAUCCUUCCUGGAGAUUCUCUCCACUUCCUCACUCAGUUUAAACCAUGAGCACUGCUUUCAUUAUGGAGCAGUGGCGGCUCCUGAAAAAAUUCUCAGGAGGGGCAAUUUUUCUGAUGAUUUAGGUGACCUACACACAUUUUUAAAAAGAUAUGUCCAGCAACAACAUGAAGACAGGGGCAGCAUAUAAGUCAAUACCAGAAGCAUUUAUUGACUGAUCUCAAAAGUGUUGGCUUACAAAAGCAAAAUAAGUUAUCACAGUAAAAAUAAUCAAGGGUGUUCUUUCACAUUCCUCAACACUGCAUAAACAAUAUGUAUGGCUUUGUAAAAAUGAACAACCAUAUUCUGGCCAAUUGUAUAGAUUUGUAAAUAUGAACAACCAUAUUCUGGCCAAUUGUAUAGAUUUGUAAAAAUGAACAUGAACAGAUUUUUUAUUUUUUUGAAUGGCAGUACCUUUCAAACAUGUCUGCUUGCAGUAAGGUAGCACUCACAAGGUGGCCAGAGAAAGAGAACCUUUCUUUGGUGUGAUCCAGGAUGGUGUUGCAGACCUCUUCAGACAGCCUCUGCUUCUCCUCUUCUCUCAAAGCUGUUCUGGGUCUUUUGGCUCCUGUUGCUUCUUGCAGCUGCUGUUGAGAGGAGUCCCUGAAGGCAAACAGACCAAUGUGUUUGUUGGCUUUGUACAGUAUUGUUGUCUAUGUGAUGCACAGGUAUAUGCAAUGUAUCCAUGUAUAGUACAAAUACUUCAGUUCCACUUAAAAUGGGCAGGGAUGCAUAAAGUCUUUAGUGUUUAAGUUAGCCUUUGUGUCUCACAUAGCCUGGAUGUUCAGCACAGUAUACAGUGGUGCUCAUAAGCUUAUGAUCCCAUGCUAAAGUUGACUAAAAAGAGGAAUAAAAAAGAAAAGAAAAUUGGUGUCCUUAAAGGUUGGAUUUUCCAACGUUUUUAAUUAAGUCAUUAAGAUCAAUUUCCAAAAGAUGAUUUUUUUAUUUUUUUAUUCCUCUUUUUAGUCAGCUUUAGAAUGUGUUCAUACACUUAUGAGCACCACUGUACAGUACACAUAGUAUAUAAAAUAAGAUAGAUUACACCACUGGCCAUAUAUAAUGACAAUAAUGUAAUUUCAAACACAAAUGCAGUCUCCUUUCAUGCAUACAUUUUCAAAUAAAGCUCUGCUUUGAGAAAGAUCGAAUGAUAUUGUUUAAUCUUUAUCUUACCUUAUGGCCUGCACACUGCUUGCGAAGCUGUCGAGGGCACGUUUGAUAAAGACAGCAUCGAUGUCCUUAUUCUUCUGUAGCUUCUGGUACGGUGGGCUGGUCAAAUGAACCCAAUGAACCCGUCCGGAUGGCUUCAAAACAUUCUAUGAGGUCGUCUCGAUUCUCGUAGACAGUGUUCACGACUCUGCUGUUGCUAACCUCAUCGUUGUGGCGGCGGACAGCUAGCCUGUAUCCCUCAUCCAGUUGAGUGGCAAUAUUCACUCUCACCAAAGCAGACAAUCUCAAACAGCUAUCAAUGUGGGUCUUUGACAGCUCAUUUUUCUUAAUCUUUUCUGAAAGAUGGUGCAUGUCGGUUACACCAGUCGCUGUCCAAGCGUUGCUGUCUGCCGUUCAUGGUUACGUUACGUUACGUAUGACGAAAGCGCGUAAGUGCAAGCCCUCAGACACCCAUAGAGAAUGUAUUGAAAGCUCAGAAAUUUGAAAAAAAUAUAUUUUACAUUAGAGGCUAUGAGAGACUUCUGGGCGAGCUGCCGUACUUGUUCAUACAAGUCCUAAGGUCCUCAGUUUGGCUCUCAAAACCACAAGCUUUUCCCUUGUUCUCAGGAAGAUAGUAAGGCUGCAUAUUUAGGUAGCCUAUCUGGCAAACAAGCAAAGUCUAAAUCUUUAAGCAGCAGCUUAAUUUUCCGAUGCACUAGUCAGUGCAAGACAGUGGACACGGACAAGUUUGGGAGUCUAAUCCACUCCAGUGACAAUUGCUGACGUAAAAAGGGCUUUAUAAAAUGCAUUUGGUGUGAUUUAAACCGGUAUGCUAUCAGAGACGAAGUUGAUGUUAAAGAUGUCGGUCACUUGACUAUCUUCCUCAGUGAUCAUCUGAACCACACACUGAUAGUUAACAUGAUCAUUGUUUAUGUACGAUAUAGCCUUCCUUAGUCCACCUGUUUGACAGAGGUAAUUGAUCUCUAAAUCCUGUUUUCUAUCUUCUCUGUUUUAGGUUGGGUGGAGAGGGAGACGUACUACUAGAAAGCAUCCAGUUUGCAUCGCUCAAGUUCUUGCAUGGUUGUCUUGCUGCUCGGAAUUUUAAGUUCUGUAAAAUUUGGAUGUGUUUUUAUAUAGGGAAUGCUUGAUACUAAAACCCUGAGAUCGCAAUGAUGAACCAAGACAUUGACAUUGUGUGCCUUGUUUCUGGAACAGGACCAAUUUUAUACAUGUUUUUAACAGUAAUAUAAAUAAACUUUCAGUCAGUUCCCA